GUUCCGAUCGCACAACCAGCACUGUCGAGGAUUUGUAACAUAACCACCAUGACAACCUCAGAGACGAACAAUAUACCGAUCACCGUCUUCACCGGCUUCCUUGGGGCAGGGAAGACGUCGAUCAUACUAUCUCUCCUGCCCCGUCUGCCUAGAGAUUACAGGGUUGUCCUGCUCAAGAACGAGUUUGGAGACGUCGAGGUAGACAGCCAGUUGGCAAAACAAUCAAGCCUCACUGCAGUCAGCGAGAUUCUAAAUGGAUGCAUGUGCUGCGUCCUCGUCGGGCAAAUGAAAACGGCUCUCCUAGAAAUCCGAGAGAAAUUUCGCCCCGACCGGAUAUUCAUAGAGUGCUCCGGCUCGGCUUUCCCUGCGACGUUGGCAUUCCAAAUACGAGAGCUAGAACGCGAGACGAACGGCGAUCUCAAGCUAGACGCCAUCGUGACCGUCAUAGACGCGGAGAAUUUCACUGGAUACGAGGAUACCUCGCCGACGGCGAAGAUGCAAGCGAGCUACACGGACUUGAUCCUCAUUAACAAAUGGGAGCAUAUUUCCGAGCGGCAUGUAGACAUCCUCAUCGACCAUCUGAAUACCCUCAACGACACAACACCGAAAGUCAAGUGCCAAGGUAGACAAGGUGUAGACCCGAGCGUCGUCAUGGGGAUCGACUCUAAACUGUUCCGGCUGGGAAGCUUCGAACACACCGACGUCCUUCAUCACGAUGAGGUGCAAACCCUAAUGAUCUACAAAGGUCGCAAGCCCACCUGCGUUCAUGAUUGCGCCUCCCACGAUGGGCACACACAUGCCGAUCAUGCACAUUACAAUCACGCUCACAACUUCGAGGACAGCGCCGGAAGGAACACGUCACCCGUUGCGCGAGAUGCCAUUUCAUCAAUUUCGCAGGACACACUCGCCGAUGCUCUAGGAGGAUUAUCGAAGGAGGCAGUGUGGCGAGUGAAAGGCUUUGUCAAGCUGGAGUCUGGGUAUCAUAUCCUGAAUUGGGCAUUUGGACGAUAUGAGUUUACAUCCAUCAGCGAGGUUCCCGAGGACGUGGGCGUCGUGAAGUUGACUGUGAUGGGUGAAAGAGGGGAGGUGAAGCGGGCCUCGCGAAAGCUUGCAGAGAAGUUGCAAGCUGAAAUGGUGUGAUAGAAGGUACUCAUCAGACCCUUCCAGCUAUGAAGCUUUGUACCUCUCAGACGGAACUUUUUAGCUCGUUCCUCACAUUGGCGGUCACAAAAAGCUCGCGAGCACACGUGCACGCGAUGUGCUGAC